GGAGGAGGAGGAGGGGGGGAGAAGUCUCGCGUUAAUGAUCAUGCCUGGUCGAGAGAGGAGGAGGAGGAGGAGGAGGAGGGCUUGAUGCGCGAGGAGGAGGAGGAAAAACUGGAGGAAAAAAAAGCGAAUGAUUGAUGCGUUUGUUAAAAAAACAAAACAAAAAAAAAUAGCCAGCUAUGUUCCGCUCGCUGCUCGCCAAGUUUUACAGCAAAACGUAUGAAAACCAAACGCACGGCUUGCAUUUCCCUCCUUUGCGUGAGGCAUAAGGCGGUCCUUCAGGGGUGGAGGAGGUGGAGGAGGAGGUGGUGUUGGUGUUUUAGUAGUGAUACGGUUUGAAAAAAAAAAAAAAAAUCUGCGCUAGCCAUGCUAAGGCUAGCCUGGUUAGCUUUGUUUACAUCGAGUGCGCGCCUGGAGGGGACGCGGUGGCUAGCUGCUAACUGCUAACCACACCAGUAAAUGCGUGAUCCCGUCCUCCCUUUGGAGGAGGUUCGGUUCGGGUUCAGGCAUCGACACCGCUGCUGUUGUUAGAUAGUAAAAAGACAAAAAAAAAAGUGAUGUUUAAUUUUUAAAACGUUUCGGCUGAGAUGUCGUGAAGCUAACAGCUUAGCCACCACAAUGCUAACCGUUUUUUAUUUUCCGGUUAUAUGCAGCUGCUAAAAGAGGCACAACGUGAGUGGUUACGACACAUUCCGGUUUGUUUAAACUGUGUUCUGAAAGAGAGAGACUUAUUUUUUAGGGUUGAUUUGGGAACAGGCAAAACAAAAACCGGCGAUGCUAACUCCAACCUAGCCGCCUCCUGAGCUAACGCGUUUUAUUCAGCGAUAACCAGCUCCGGAUCUAUUAUCGUGUCUGUUAUUAAUUCACAUGUCUGCAUUGGCACGCUGGAGUGGCUGAUUUUUUAUUUUUUGCACCACCACCACCAUCAUCACCAGGCCGGGUUAUAUUUCCUCCAUCCACCCUGAGAGACUUGAGGCUAUCUGGAAGUGUUUUUGUUUCCCCCUUUCCUCCCCGAGGCUGCGGAGGACCACACACCGCUAUGAACCCCGUUAACGCGACCGCUCUGUACGUGUCCGCCAGCCGGGCCGUGCUGCAGUGUGACCCGAGGCAGCCUCACACCUUCGCGGAUAUGUACACACUGCUGCCCUUCUUCAGACAGUCGCUCGCUUGCCUUGUUUGUGGUAAACUGCUCCAGGAUCCCAUUUCCCCACCUUCAGAGUGUCAGCAUUACGUCUGCUUGGGCUGCAAAGGCCAGAAGAUGCAGAUCAGGCCGUCGUGCAGCCGCUGUAAGGACUAUACCGGCUUCCAGGAGAACAAGCAGCUCUCGUUGCUGGUGCAAUGCUACAGGAAGCUCUGCCUCUACGUAACUCAUUCGCCGCUGCUGCAGGCGAUCAGCAGCCACGCAGGAGGGUCUCCGGAGGUUAUGGCCUUGCUAGAGGAGGUGCUGAUGUCGCAGGAAGAGGAGAUGGAGGCAGACGACCCGAGCCUAGCGCAGGAAGAUGUGAAUCCCUCUGCCACAGAGUCUCUUACCCCCACAGAGGCACCUCCUGCUCCGGCAGAGCUCUCAGCCGUACCGCAGAGCUCCUCCUCUGAACCUCCCUGUUCUAAUGGACCACAGGAAUGCAACGGAGAAGUGCUGGAGGACUUAGACCCCUCGUCUCCUGAGCUGGAAGUAUGCGAGUUGGUAGAGGAGCAGCCACAGUCUGUGUCCAGUACUGGUUGCGGUGGUCUUGAACUGAGUCUGACCACUGGACCUUUAGCCCCAACUCCAGGCACUGUGUGCUCACUCAGGGAUGGGGAAUCUAGCAGCAGGGAGCUGGAGGAGGGGGAGGUGUUGUUCCUCAGCGUGGAGGAGGUGCUGCAGACUUUGGAUCCCCUUCAGCCGGGUCGGGAUUCUCCUCACAUACAGCCGGACAGAACACACACUCACACACGGAUAACCACGGACAGAGCACACGGUCAAAUGUACAUACAGCUGGACGCUGCUCACAACUACACACAGAUCCGAACAGACAGGACUAACACAGCGGCAAGCCACGGUGCUCACAUACACACGUCCUCCUUCGACCCCCCUCCGACCUCCAAGCCACCGCCAGUCCGCCUUAAACGUAAGCGAUCCCAUUCGGAGAGCGACAGGGAGAAGGUGAAACCCCUCCCCAUCGCUUCCAUCCUGCAGGGCUCCUCGUCACACUUAAACACUCCGAACCCCUCUCAGACACUGCACACACAACCGCCCGCACCCUCCUUAACCGUACCAGCGCACACAUACUCGUCCCUUCCCAACGGGGUGCCUCCCAAGCUCAGUCGCCCCGCGCCAAACCACAACAAAGGUGCCAGGAAGCACGUCGACCCGGGCCCUAAGAAGCCCCACGCGAAGGCCCGCAGUAGCGGAGGCUCCAAAACCAAGGACGGAAGCAAAGACCCGCGGUUGAUGUCGGGCUGCAUCGUGCCACCAGCGCCUGUCAGGCCUCCGUAUAAGAAGCCGGUAGAGAAGAAGGGCUGCAAGUGUGGCAGGGCCACCCAGAAUCCAUCUGUGCUGACCUGCAGGGGGCAGCGCUGUCCCUGUUACUCAAACCGCAAGGCAUGCUUGGAUUGCAUCUGUCGAGGUUGCCAGAACUCCUACAUGGCGAACGGCGAGAAGAAGCUCGAGGCGUUCGCCGUGCCGGAGAAAGCCCUGGAGCAGACGCGGCUCACGCUCGGCAUCAACCUCACCAGCAUGACGGCGCUCCGCAACCCGACGGCCACCAGCAUCCGCACGAACACCCUCCUCAACGUCGCCACGGCGACGGGGACGCCCGUGACGACGGCCUUCCUCUCGCAGAGCCCGCCGCAAGAGCCCAACUACGAGGACAGCCUGGAGCUGCUGAUCGGAUGAGAGGCCGGGAAACAAACAAACAGACAAACAAACAAAAGACAGCUCGGUGCUGAUUGAAUGUGACGGCAGAUAAUUGUGUCUGUCAGACAAACCUGUACACCGCCCCCCCCUCCCUCCAGAGGGGAGGCAAUUUAAGGCAGCUAUGGGUCUGUCCUGUCCUGUAACCUGCUCUUCUUCUGUGUUGGAAAAUGCUGAGUAGUAAGACUAGCAUGGGUGUGCCAAAGCCUCCUGUAUUGUGCCUGUGUGCCGGUGUGUAUUGUUGCCUGCCUGUAGUUAAAACACUUAUACUCGGUUCCAAGGCUGUUCUGUACUUCAGAGGUGCUUUUUUUGUUUUGUUUUGUUUUGUUUUUUUGUUCAUAGACCACAGACAUACUGUAAGAGGCAAUAGGAACCCAUACCAGGUUUUGUGUUUGUCGAUGUGUGCGCACUAUUAUAGAUUAUUGAGUGUGUGCACACGUUUUUUUUUGGUGCGUAAUGAUAACGGGAAAAAAACAACAAAAAAAACAACGGCAUCAUGAUAUCUCAGUCACCCCGUCACAGCCUUUUCCACAUUAUUGAGUAUUACUCCAUGUAUGUUUAAAGAAAUGCAUAAUUGGUAUUAGGACGGCCCUUACUAAUCAUUAACCCCCCCUGUAUGUGUUCACACCUUUUUUUAAAUUGUGAAUGAAUCUCGCGACUAAUCUCCGGAAGAAGUUGUUGUUGUCGUCGUCUCACGCAAAAGACUGACUGUAUGCCUUUUUCUAUCUCGAUAACUCGCUCAAAUCAAAAGUACUGUCGACUGAUUAUGUAUUUGUCUUAACGAACUUGACUGAUGCAGGCAUUGUUCAGGCAGCAAGAUAAUGUCAAAGCACUUGGCUUGGCUCCACAGUUUCUGUGUGAGUGUGAGUGUGUGUGUGAGUGUGAGUGAGUGUGUAUGCAUGCGCCCGCUGAGAUUUACUGUAAUGUCAGUGUGGUGCGGGGUGGAGGGUGGAGUGGGGGCGUUGUAAGCACUUAGACUGAUUGAUUGGCCAAAUUACAAGUCAAACCAAUUCUUGGUUACCAUAGCAAUAGGAGCACCAACAAGGAGCCUCCCGGCUCUCGUGCACACACGCACACACACACACGCACACACACACACACACGCACAGUUGUUUACAGUAUUUGCCAUGUCUAUAGACGAUAAUAUUACACAGUUCUGUUCUGAUUGUUGGGAUCGUUCAUGGCCUGUGUGUGUGUGUGUGUGUGUGUGUGUGUGUGUGUGUGUGUGUGUGUGUGUGUGUGUGUGUGUGUGUGUGUGUGUGUGUGUGUGUGUGUGUGUGUGUGUGUGUUUUAGAUAAACUGAAGCCAUAGGUUUGUCAUUAACAAGACAAAAAUGUCCUCUGUGCGUGCAUUUCUUCUCU